AUGGCGGAUUCAGCAAGGGGAAGCUCUGUACCGUGUCACAUGAAAGCUUGGGUGUACUGUGAAUAUGGAAAGCCAGAACAAGUGUUGAAGAUUGAUCAAAGUGUUGAAGUGCCUCAACUGAAGCAUGAUCAAGUUCUCAUCAAGGUUGCUGCUGCUGCUAUUAACCCCGUUGAUUGUUGGAGGAUGACAGGUUCUUUCAAGAACGACGACUCUACUUUUCCGGUAAUCCCAGGCUUUGAUGUUGCUGGGGUGGUGGUGAGGGUGGGAAGUGAAGUGAAGAAGUUCAAAGAAGGUGAUAAAGUAUAUGGUAAUAUCAUUGAAGAUGUGAAACACUUGAAGCAGCUUGGAUCAUUGGCUCAAUACACAGUUUCAGAAGAGAGAUUAUUGGCUCACAAGCCUCCUAAUCUGAGUUUCUCUGAAGCUGCAAGCCUUCCUGUAGCCAUUGGGACUGCUUUUGGGAGCCUUGAGUGUGUUGGACUUUCUCAAG